UCGGAAGAGAGAGAAGAAGCGGAAGAGAAAAAUGAGAAUAUAUAUGACAAAUGAAAUAAAAUAAUACAUAAGCACCCAAAACUAAGGUCCAUUACAAUUUAAAAAAUAACGGGGUAAACCAAAAGUCAGUUCCACUCAUUAUCCAAUCAAGCUUGCCAAAAUGACCAUUGCGCCCUCCUAUUUGCUUUCCAAACAAAUAGGGCUUAUGCGCCCAGGGGGACUCGUUUGCAAACCCCAUAGCCAACCGGGGUUUAUGUCACACACUCAAACAAGCAUGAUAUAUUGACAUCCAACCCCCACCCCCACCCCCACCCCCAAAGCAGUUUUGAAAAAGGCCUAAAGAUGGUGUUUGGAACAGCAAUAAGGUUGUUGAUUGCCAAGAAACCAAAGCCAAAAAUGAAACCAAUAGACCUCAAAUCUCAACAACCUGAACAAACUCAAACCAUUACUCGCGCCAUCUUUGACAUCCUCAAGGACCACGGUCCUCUCACUAUCGCUCAAACCUGGGAACGACUUCAGGAAGUUGGUUUGAAGGAACUAACAAGCAAAACGCACAUGAAAACAGUUAUGAGGUGGAUGAGAGAGAGACAAAAACUUAAAAUGAUUUGUAACCAUGUUGGGCCUCAUAAGCAAUUUCUGUAUACCACCUGGUUCACAAAGGCAAAUAUCAAGCCUGCAAAACCUGGAAGUUGUGCUUCAAAGGAGUAAGAUAUGUGCAUCGCCAUGAGUUUACCAUUCAAGAAUUCAUUCAGGCUUUGGAAACCUAUUUGUGUCAAGCCAGGUUUGGCUUCUAAAUCAUGGCUUUGAUCAAGGCGCUUUGUCAUAUGUUUCUAGUCAGCUGCUUGGUUUUGUUGUGACUUGUUAACACAUCGUUCAUGGUUAUGAAUUUCAUUUCUCUGUAGCCUGUACCUAUACCCUUUUUCUUUUUCUUUUUUUUCUUUUUUUUUUUUAUUUUAACACAAGUAAAAUACAAAUAGCAAAAUUAAUGAACAUGAAGCUAAUCAAGGAAAUUUUCUGUUCGUUGGGCAUGAAGAGUAUUGUUGGUUGUAACUUGUAAGACUUGUAAACUAACAAAUCCCUAAAUGGAGCACAAUUUGUUGGACAUUGUAUCUUGAGGAUGCUAAAAUCUCAAAUCAUUUUUACACAUGAUAUAUUCAACUUUUCAUUUUGGAAAA